GUUUGACUCGCAGCUCUCUAGCUGUCAGUGUGCUCAGUUUGACGCGCAGCUGUCUAGCUGUCAGUAGGGUCCGUGCUGGGUAGGCCAGAGCGUUAGUUACCUCUUCCAGCUCUUGCUUCGAGUUUACAGGUCGUCGCAGGUAGCAGUUGCUGAAUCAUGGCUGAUAAGGUAGAAGUUGACGACUCUGUUAAGCUCGUAGAAGAUAAGAAAGGCAGUGACUGUAACACACCAGAAGAGGGAAUGGGGCAAACAUAUUCGGGUCAGUUUGACACCAAGCAGGAUGCCGAACGUGGGGCCACCCCUAUUCCUGAAAAAGUGCCUAGUAGCACAAUACGUCUGGAAGGCACAAAGUUGUUAAGCAUAAUACCUGUCAAAGUAAAGACCCGAAAAUAUCAGAGUAGUGGUACCGGUAGCCCCUUCAGUCCAGAGCCUCUGGGGGACUGUAAACUGUCCUCUUCAGUUUACCUGACGCCAAGCAGUGCUGCAGCAGCUGUCGGAGGCGAGAGCAGUGGGUUUGCUUCUGCAAAAGAUGAGCAGCUUGCAGUUGACCAGGAAACUAAAUCAAAUGACAGCUUUGUGGUGGUUAAGGAUGGAAAUGAGGAUGUAAACGUCAAAGAGGACAAAGAGGAGGAAGAAACUUCAACACCAGGAGGUACAUCAGCUAUGGAACAAAGCACGGCCACAUCACGAAAGAAGAAAGGUGGAAUCUCUGCGCUGACGUUAGCGCUUCAGAUGGAGAAGGCCAAACAGGCUGCAGCACAGCAGGCUGCAGCACAGCAGGCUACAGAAGGUGCAUCAGGUUCAGAGUUAAAGAAUGAUACUGGCAAUGAAGGUACCACUUCCAUUCAACAAAACACUCGUCCAAGACCAGUCCGUACUUGGGGUCCAGAUGGGCGCCCAAUUGUUCAAGAAAAUGAACAAGACAGCAAUUUCCGUGCUGACGAAUUGGUGACACCGCUUGUGUUCAGAUUAUGUGAAGAUGGAAGAGUUAGAUGCUUUUUUGAGGUCCCUGUGUCUCGUGAUGUCACGCCAGAUAGUGAACCUCCAAUGGGUCCAAAUGUAGAUGAGAUGGAGCAGCCUGGAAUGUGGCAACGUUUUUCUAUGUGGUGUGAAAGAAUGUUUUGCUGCAGAGACUAUGAACCAUUGUAGACCAAAGGUAAUAGAGCACAGGUGGUACAUUCCACACUUCAAGUGGUGUCUUGGAUACUGAGCUUUUGACCCAAUUGAUGCAUUUUUAAAAUGUUUUAUGUUGAAUUUGCGUAAGAAAUCUUAAGAUAUUUUAUGGGAAGGAAAAUUCUGUGGAAACUGUCUGAAAAGAAGCCUGUGACUCAGUGAAAAAAUUUGGUACAAGGAAAUAUUUGACUCAACUAAAGAACUGAAGAUUUGAAAUAAGGACUCUUUUGGAAUUUUAAAGUUGAUAUUCCAUUAUGUAUUUAAGAAAUGUUUUAUUUUAUUUGCGAUAUGUUCAUGCAGUUUUGUACUACACAUAAAUUUUAAUAAAACUUCAUUCAGAAAU